AUGGCCAGAGACCCUUUUUCACCUCAGUCCUUCCCCUUCAAUGUUUUCCUUCAGCCCUUUGUGCCUUUCCAAGAGGCUUGUUUUGGACCUUCCCUCAGUCCCCCCCAACCCCUUCCCCUCAUCCCCUCUUUCCCUCACCCUCCAACAUCUUUCCCUGAGCCCCUUCCAUCACCCCAGCCCUUUUUGCCCUCAGUAUUUUCUCUCAGCCCCUCAACACCCUCCCUGAUCCCCUCAGCCCCUCCAUACCUGUUUUCAGCUCUUCCCACUGCCCCUUCCUCCUCUUCUCAGUCUUCUCCCGCUCUGAGCCCAUCCCUCACCUCAGUGCCUUCCCCAGAGCCUUGUUUCGGGCCUUCCCUCAAUCCCAAAACUCCUUUCCUCAUCCCCUCACACCAUGGCCAGAGUCCCUUCCCUCACCUCAGUCCUUCCCCCUUGGUACCUUCCCUCGGUUUGGACCUUCCCUCAGUCCCACAACCCCUUCCCUCAUCCCCUCAACCCCUUCCCCUCAUCCCCUCUUUCCCUCACUCCCCAAAUCAUUCCCAGAGCCCCUUCCCUCACCUCAAUCCUUUCCCCUCAGUGUCUUCCCUUGGCCCCUUGGUUUGGAUCUUCCCUCAGCCCCCCUCGAACCCUUCCCCUCACCCCUCUUUCCCUCACUCCUCCAAUCAUUCCCAGAGCCCUUUCCCCGACCUCAGUCCUUCCCCCUCAGUGCCGUCCCCUCCCAGAUGCCCUCAGGAUCAGGGAUUUUCUUCCUUUGGCUCUUCUCUCAGGGCCUUUUUCCAUCUUCCUUUCUCCCUUCUGGUCCCUUCCCUCAUCUCCUCACCCCCUUUCUGUGGCUCUGGCCUCAGUGCCUCCCUUCAGUCCUCAGCCCCAUCCCUGUCCUCGAUGUCCCCCUUGUCCCUCAUGGCAUGGGGUACCCCUGCAGUCCCUCUGGGGUGGCUCCAGGCCACACAGACACUCACACACACACAGGGAAAUGGGUGUUUAAGCAGAAAAAGUAGAAAAAUAAUCUGUUUUUCCACCAGCACCUGGAAUCUGUCUGGAUCAGCCCAGCAGGGAAAGAGUUUGGCCUUGAGCAGUUGCAUGUAAACCAUUAUUCCAGGUUGCUCCAAGCCCAGUCCAACCUGGCCUUGGACACUUCCAGGGAUCCAGGGGCAGCCACAGCUUCUCUGGGAAUUCCAUUCCAGCCCCUCCCCACCCUCCCAGCAGGAAUUCCUUCCCAAUAUCCCAUCUAACCCUGCCCUCUGGCACUGGGAAGCCAUUCCCUGUGUCCUGUCCCUCCAUCCCUUGUCCCCAGUCCCUCUCCAGCUCUCCUGGAGCCCCUUUAGGCCCUGCCAGGGGCUCUCAGCUCUCCCUGGAGCCUUCUCUUCUCCAGGGGAACAUUCCCAGCUCUCCCAGCCUGGCUCCAGAGCAGAGGGAUCCAGCCCUGGGAGCAGAUCCAUGGCUUCCUCUAGAUUUGCUCCAGCAUCUCCAUGUCCUUGCGAAGUUGGAGACCCCAGAGCUGGACACGGCUCAGUUUAGAGCUCUCCAUACAAGUCUGUCCAGCUCCAUGGGGAAAAUUCUCUUGCCCUGCUUGGUCAGGUGAAUCCCUUAAUGUCUCCUCCUUCCCAAACCAAUUCCUCCAACGGGGAGAACAGAGGAGAGCCCCCCGUGCUCCGGAUCCUUUGUGCUGCUCCAAGGGAGUGGGAUGGGGCUGAGGGACUGAAGGGAGGCACUGAAGGCCAUGGAAAAGGGGUGAGGAGAUGAGGGAAGGGCCCAGAACGGAUAAAGAUGGGAGGGAAGAGCCUGAGGGGAUCAGGGAAGGGUCAAGUGUCCCUUUGGAUGAGUUGCCUCGUCGCGGUAUCAUCGGAACAGCAGGAGCAGAUGAUUUUUAGGUCCCACCAGGCUCAGCAGCCUCUGAGGAACACCCAGAAACGCAGGAAAUCGGGGAUGUUGCGACAGAAGCUGGAGCAGGGAACAGGGAGACCUGGGCUUGCCCAACCUCUUACGCAAGAGGGUUGUAGGAACACCCUGUGCCCGUGUCUGGGCACGUGUUUGGCUGUGGCCAGUCUUGGAGGGGAGCCCACCUGGCAUUCCAGGUGCUUUUGGCAACGAGAUCCGUGAGAAUGUUAAAAAAUAAAUGACUAUCACCCGUAAUAAAUUAUUAUUAUCCAUAAAAAAUCCACAGACAGGCUGAAAUCCCGAGGCUUCCGAGCCUCGCUGGCAUUUGGGUGUUUCUCUACUCUGCUGAUCUCACCCCUUGGCAGGAAAGAUCAGCAAACAAAGAAGGGGGAAAAAAAAGGAGAAGGAACAAGGAGACACCGAAGGGUGUCUCAUUUAUAAGUGACUUAUUACCCAAACAAGUCCAUAACGAGCCCUUACGGAUGUUUCACCCACCCCUGGCAGCAGCAGGGAGUUCAAAGUGCCCCAAUCCCCUGAAAGAUCAGCAGAUCCGCGGCCAGAACAUCCAGUUUGACGCCUCAAACGUGACCCCUCAGUCCCCUGUCAUGAGUGUUUUAGUAGUGGGAGUCAUUUCUGGUGAGGAAACGUAGGAUUUCGGGUGAGAAACGAUCUAUUCUGUUAGAAAAACAAAGACUUGGAAGGAAUUUUAUCAUCAAUUUUGAUGGCUGGACUCGAUGAAAAGACUUCAGGGUUCUUUUCCAGCCUUAAUGAUUCGAUAUAAUUUUGCAGGGGGGAGUAACUGGAGCCUCUGGGGGCCUGACCGGUUUCUAACUGGAGUUUUUAUGCUCCUCUUGCAGCGCUCCACAAGUUUUUUUUGGGUGUAAACUGGCGUGAGAGGAGAGCCCGUGGUGGGCACGGUGACCUCACCGUGGUGGGCACCUCAUUCCUCUAUUUUGGCUUCUUUGGAAGACUGACUCACGGGAGUCCCAAGCCUAAAAUAAGGAAGCAGCAGCCAUCUGAAGUCCUAAUUCCUCUUUUAUUCACAAUAAAAAACCCAUGAAUGGUGCCAUCAAUCAAGGAAAUAAGCAGCGAUGGAAUGAGUCAACUGGGAGGUGGGAGCAGCUCAAGGAUGACAGCCCUGACAAGGAUAAAGCAAAUAAUUAGGUGUGAGCUCGUUGUUGACUCUUUGGGGCAGGUCAGGAGGGUGAAAUGCUGCUUAAAGUGGAUAAACACCCCUGAAAACAGGGAUAGGAGCUGCUCAAUCCCCUUUUCCUGCCUUGGGGAACACGGGGUAGAAGAUGGAAAUCCGUGGAAACUGGUUUUCUCUUAUUUCUUUAAAAUCACAGCUCAUGGAAUGGGUUGGGUUGGAAGGGACUUAAAGAUCAUCCAGUUGCAACAACAGGGACACCUCCCACUAGCCCAGGUUGCUCCAACCUUUCCUUGGACACUCCCAGGGAUCCAGGGGCAGCCACAGCUUCUCUGGGCAACCAAAGGAUAAAAUGCAAAGUCUGGAAGCUCCUGACCCAAAUUUCUGCUUUAUUCUCCACCACUGCCAAGGUUUAUCUCGUCCCCUAAAAGUGUCUUGCCCCAUCCUUCCAGAAAAACUCCCUUAAUCCCUUUAGGAUCUUGCAGCAACCACAACCAAAUUUUGCCCAAGGCCUUUCAUUUUAUGUAAAAAAUAUGGGGAAAGCCUUCAAAAAUACCCCAGCAAAGACCAUCCCAAGACCUUUAAUUCUGUCAAAAAUAUGGGGAAAGUCUCC